GAUUGUGCAGACAAUGAUUUCGGUAAUCAACAUUGCACAAAACCUUGGUCAACACUGUCCAAGUAUGUGGGAACUUAAGACGAGGUUUUUCAGAAGUGCAUAGUUGAAGAGUCGCUGCCACUGUAGCUGUGUUCGCAAACCAAGCACGGAAUCAAUUCUUGUAUCGAACGGUUUGUGAUUUGGCCGCAUCAAACUGUACCCCUCUUUCGCAGACAACUAGCUUUGAGUCGAGAACGGCGUGGCUAUGGCGGACACCGGAGCUCCGCUGGCGCGCACCUCGUUAUUGCUCCUACUUCUGCUCUUCACUGCUGGUAGUCAUGCGCAAGUGGAGCCCAAGCUAGGAAAUACCCGUGUCGUCUUUCAGACCACGUAUGGAGAUAUUGAGUUUGGGUUCUACCCAGAUGUUGCUCCCAAGACGGUGGCGCACAUUAUGAAACUUGUUCGUCUUGGCGCUUACAACACGAAUCACUUCUUCCGAGUUGAUAAAGGCUUUGUAGCCCAGGUCGCUGACGUGAUCGGGGGCCGUGAAGCGCCAAUGAACGCCGAGCAACGGCAGGAAGGCAAGAAGACUAUUCCCGGUGAAUUUUCUCAAGUGAAGCAUGUUCGUGGCAUCUUGUCCAUGGGGAGGUAUAGCGACCCUGACAGUGCAGGAUCAUCCUUCUCAAUGCUCCUUGGGAACGCACCCCACCUGGAUGGGCAGUAUGCUAUCUUUGGGAAAGUUACGAAAGGUGACGAAGUUCUUGCCAAGCUUGAGGAGCUGCCAACCCGCCGAGAGGGCAUUUUUGUCAUGCCGCUUCAACGCAUCACCAUUUUAUCGACCUAUUACUAUGAGAUUGAAAGCUGUGAGGAUCGGGUAUACAGUCUGAAGAAGCGCCUCAUGGAAGCGAACGCUGUUACGUUACCAGUACAACAAGAAUGCUCUUGUUUGUUGGGUUCAGGUGACCGAUCCUUGUUGUUCCUCUUCAUGUCUAUGUGCGCAUUCGUUGGUUGUAGCUACUGCAUCUUCCAGCGUAAGAAAAACAGCAGAGAACGAAAUAUCUUCCCUGAGUAGAGGGAUACCAAAAUCUUAUUUGAAAUCUCUUAUUCUUGCAACGACUAUGAAUUCUGUCUUGUUCAAGGCCUCUUGUCAAUAAUGAAUUGGUCGAAUUCAGCAUGCGGGCAAUAUGUACUGCAAUUCUCAAGAUUAGUUCUCUUCUAAUAUCUGCUUUUGAUUAGCAUAUUACGUUACAGUUUAAGUAUAACCAAGAGUAAUGAAACUUCCUCUAAAUCUGGAGAUCAUGAUUGAUUUGAGUCGCUGGUAGUCCAGAUAUGCAAUGGUUACUGCCAAAUGAAAUGGGUCAACAAGGAACAUGGCCACAUUACACUAUUUAUAUGUAACAUUCUCCGCAGUGGAUUUCAUUUAUCUCCUCUUGCGGAAGGUCUCUCAUUUCCA